GGCGUGAUUUUAUGCCACUCAAGUGCCUGCUUAGAUUAGCUGCACCUGUCAUCGUUCCAGACGCUGCUUCACACAGUGACUCGCUCACCAGGCCGUUCUUCCAAAUCUAGAAAUGGCCGUCACUGCAUCUACACUGGUGGUACUCAUCGUUGCCUCCAGUACUUUAUGCGCACCAACGGUCGAGCAGUCCCUGACAAAUAUAGAACAGUCCGUUGCGUAUCUGAGAAUGGUUCUUCUAAGCGGCCGGCCGAGAGACUGCGCAGAUAUCUAUAUCUCUGGCCAGAACCGCAGUGGUGUCUUCAACAUCUUUCCUUACGAAGGUUCAACGCUAUCUGUUGCAACUUACUGCGAUAUGGAAUCAGACGGAGGCGGUUGGACGGUUUUUCAACGGCGCGGGCAGUUUGGAAAUCCAGUGUACGACUUCUAUCGAGAUUGGGAGGCAUACAAAAAUGGUUUCGGGGACCCAGCGAAAGAGUUCUGGCUAGGAAAUCAGCUGAUCCACAUCCUGACAUCUAACAAGGCAACGUCACUCCGUAUCGUACUCACGAAUCGCACGGGAGAGACUUUCACGGCGGACUACGCUCUCUUCAAAAUUGCUGGUGAAGAUGAGCAGUACGAGCUCACAGUCAGCGGGUACACGGGAGACACAGGUUAUGAUGCAUUCAGUGGGGAAAACGGAGCCAGCUUCAGCACGUUUGACAGGGACAGCGACAUGGACCCUGACAGCAACUGUGCCGUUACAUACAGGGGGGCCUGGUGGUACAAGCGCUGUCACCUGGCAAACCUAAAUGGCCUCAAUCUCAACGGGGCCCACACGAGCUACGCCGACGGCAUCGAAUGGUCAAUCAGAGACGGCAUAGAAGACCUCUAUCAUUAUUCCUAUCCGCAGGUAGAAAUGAAGAUGAGAGAUGCGAACUUUUGCUGCUAGAAGUGCAUGGACAUAAAAAAAAGACACCUCACUGUAUCGGCAUGCGCUUCAUUACUUUACUUGUUUAUGAAUAAAUACUAGAUAACUCA